CCGCCGCCGCCACAGCCGCCCUCAGCAGCAGGAGCCGCCGCCGCCGCCCGCAGCGCAGCGAGGCUUCCGCGAGCGGGACCCCCCCUCCCUCCGCCGCUUCACCGGGGGAGGCGCCUCCCCCCCCCCCCCGCCCCCUCCUCCCUUGAUCCCCUCUCCCGGCUCGUGCCGCUCCCCGCACGCCGGCGCCGCAGCCGCCACGCCGCCGCCAUGGAGCUCAUCACCAUCCUGGAGAAGACGGUGUCGCCGGACCGCUCCGAGCUAGAGGCGGCGCAGAAGUUCCUGGAGCAGGCGGCCAUCGAGAACCUGCCUACUUUCCUCGUGGAACUGUCCAGAGUGCUGGCAAACCCGGGAAACAGUCAAGUUGCUCGAGUUGCGGCUGGCUUACAGAUCAAGAACUCCUUAACAUCCAAGGACCCAGAUAUCAAGGCCCAGUACCAACAGAGAUGGCUUGCAAUCGAUGCCAAUGCCCGCAGAGAAGUCAAGAAUUAUGUUUUGCAGACACUGGGCACAGAAACGUACAGGCCCAGUUCAGCCUCUCAGUGUGUGGCUGGUAUUGCAUGUGCAGAGAUUCCCAUGAACCAGUGGCCUGAACUCAUUCCCCAAUUGGUAGCUAAUGUUACAAAUCAACAUAGCACUGAGCAUAUGAAAGAGUCGACAUUAGAGGCCAUUGGAUACAUCUGUCAGGAUAUUGAGCCAGAGCAGCUUCAGGACAAAUCCAAUGAGAUCCUGACAGCCAUUAUCCAGGGAAUGAGAAAGGAAGAGCCCAGCAACAAUGUGAAGCUAGCAGCUACUAAUGCACUCCUGAACUCUUUGGAAUUCACCAAAGCAAACUUUGACAAAGAGUCUGAAAGGCACUUUAUUAUGCAAGUAGUCUGUGAAGCAACGCAGUGUCCGGAUACAAGGGUACGAGUGGCUGCCUUACAGAAUUUGGUGAAGAUUAUGUCCCUCUAUUAUCAAUACAUGGAGACAUAUAUGGGUCCUGCUCUUUUUGCUAUCACUAUUGAAGCAAUGAAAAGUGACAUAGAUGAGGUGGCUCUACAGGGAAUAGAAUUCUGGUCAAAUGUCUGUGAUGAGGAGAUGGACCUGGCUAUAGAGGCAUCUGAGGCAGCAGAGCAAGGAAGACCUCCAGAGCACACUAGCAAAUUUUAUGCUAAGGGAGCAUUACAGUAUUUGGUCCCAAUUCUAACACAGACGCUAACAAAACAGGAUGAAAAUGAUGAUGAUGAUGACUGGAACCCCUGUAAAGCCGCAGGAGUUUGUCUCAUGCUCCUGGCGACCUGCUGUGAAGAUGACAUUGUUCCUCAUGUGCUGCCCUUUAUUAAAGAACACAUUAAAAAUCCAGAUUGGCGGUACAGAGAUGCAGCUGUAAUGGCUUUUGGGUGCAUUUUGGAAGGACCGGAGCCUAACCAGCUCAAACCACUAGUCAUACAAGCUAUGCCAACUCUAAUAGAACUAAUGAAGGACCCUAGUGUUGUGGUUCGAGACACAACUGCAUGGACUGUGGGCAGGAUCUGCGAGAUGCUUCCUGAAGCUGCCAUCAAUGACAUAUACCUCGCUCCACUGCUGCAGUGUCUGAUUGAGGGCCUGAGUGCUGAGCCCAGAGUGGCCUCCAAUGUGUGCUGGGCCUUCUCUAGUCUUGCUGAAGCUGCCUAUGAAGCUGCAGAUGUAGCUGAUGAUCAGGAAGAGCCAGCAACCUACUGCUUAUCCUCCUCAUUUGAGCUUAUAGUUCAGAAACUUCUGGAGACCACAGAUAGGCCUGAUGGACACCAGAAUAACUUGCGGAGUUCUGCGUAUGAAGCUCUGAUGGAAAUAGUGAAAAACAGUGCCAAGGACUGUUACCCUGCUGUCCAGAAGACAACUUUGGUCAUUAUGGAACGACUUCAGCAAGUGCUGCAGAUGGAGUCUCAUAUCCAGAGCACUUCAGACAGAAUCCAGUUCAAUGAUCUUCAGUCUCUGCUUUGCGCUACUCUACAGAACGUUCUCCGGAAAGUCCAGCAUCAAGAUGCUUUGCAGAUCUCUGAUGUGGUGAUGGCAUCUCUGCUGAGGAUGUUCCAGAGCACAGCUGGCUCAGGGGGCGUGCAGGAAGAUGCCUUGAUGGCAGUCAGCACCCUGGUAGAAGUCUUAGGUGGAGAGUUUCUGAAGUACAUGGAUGCCUUCAAACCAUUCCUUGGCAUUGGACUGAAGAACUAUGCAGAGUACCAGGUUUGUCUGGCUGCAGUGGGCCUGGUUGGCGACUUAUGUAGAGCCCUGCAAUCCAACAUCUUGCCAUUCUGUGAUGAGGUUAUGCAGCUGCUCUUGGAAAACUUGGGGAAUGAAAAUGUUCAUAGGUCUGUGAAGCCUCAGAUUCUUUCAGUUUUUGGUGAUAUUGCUCUUGCCAUUGGAGGAGAGUUUAAAAAAUACCUAGAUGUUGUAUUGAAUACUCUCCAGCAGGCCUCCCAAGCACAGGUUGAUAAGUCUGACUUUGAUAUGGUGGAUUACUUAAAUGAGUUGAGGGAAGGCUGUCUGGAAGCUUACACUGGCAUCAUCCAAGGAUUGAAGGGAGACCAAGAAAAUGUGCAUCCGGAUGUGAUGUUGGUGCAACCCAGAGUAGAAUUUAUUCUGUCUUUCAUUGACCACAUUGCUGGAGAUGAGGAUCACACAGAUGGAGUAGUGGCAUGUGCUGCUGGACUGAUAGGGGAUUUGUGUACAGCAUUUGGAAAAGAUGUACUGAAAUUAGUAGAAGCUAGACCCAUGAUACAUGAACUGCUAUCUGAAGGAAGAAGAUCCAAGACGAACAAAACAAAAACCCUCGCUACCUGGGCGACUAAAGAACUGAGAAAACUAAAGAACCAAGCUUGAUCUGUUACCAUUGGGAUGACACCUGAGACCCCCACUGGAAAUCUCCAAUCUUUUGAAAAAACCCGGAAGUGAGGAGUGUGCACGGAUGCUGAAUGUUUGGGAAUGAGAGGAUGAGUGAGUGAGGCUUGAAACACACCACAUUGAAAAUCCCGCCACAGCAACAGCAGCAGCGCUGUUAGUGAGCUGAGCACUGACUUGCGUAGAAAACCUGGCAUCGGCCAUCUUCGGGAAGAGGGAACGACCGAUUUCUGUUAAUGUAAUAAGCAGUCUCUUCUUCCGACAGACUAGGACUAGCUUUUCUGUCUUGGCCAGUGCAGAAUGGAAUGGCCGGUUUGAGAGAGGGGAAACUAGGUUCAACUGUGGUGCUCUGUCUGAGGUCUGGCUUUGGCUGCUGGAGAGAGAUGGAGCCUGGGUCUCCAGCCCGCCUUCUGUAACCUUUGCCACACGAUGCUGUCAGUGCAUGGGAUAAAAGGAGGGGUGAAGGAUUUUCAGUCUAAGAGUGAGUGUGUGUGAAUGAGGCGGUAUCCACAUUCUCAACUUCAAGUCAUUGCAGUUUCUUUUCCCAAAAAAGGGUUAGCUGUUGCAUUUCAUAAACUAACCGAAGUUCAGUCUACUGAUGCAGCAUAAGAGAUGUAAAAAAGAAAAGAGGAAAAAAAAAGGAAAGUCGCUCUUUAGGGCUUUUUUAUUUUAGGGAAACACUGACGAAUGUUCAGAGCUCCCGUUCUGAGUGACGCUUUUCAUGAUCUUGUUUCAUCAAAGCGCCUUUCCUUCCUUAAUAUUGUUCAACUGUGAAUGUAGAAAUGGGGGAAAACUCUUGCGUUAGAGGGAAUAGAAAUAAAUUGUCAAAUGAUUUCAGGCUUAAAAAACAAAAAUAUAAACAUAAGUGCUCCGAAUUGGCAGUGAGAAUGCAAAGGGAAAGAUCUCUCCUGACUUGUACUGUAGCAGCCUGAACACCCACAAAAAUUGUGCCAAAGAGUUGAAAAACAAAAUAAAACUUCAGGUAAUAUUUUUGGAUUGCAAAAUGAGGAUAAAUUCAAUGUUCAAACAAAAUCUGAUAAAAUGCCAUUUGGAAACUGCUUGGCCUUUUGUGCUCUUUAUUUGAUCAAAUUUAAUGUGGUAUUGGUCUCUUGCUGCACUUCAAAAACAAAAAAAGGAAAAAAAUAAAUUUAUAUAAAAUAUAUAUAUACUGACUUGAGCUUACACAAGACGGCACUUGUAAAAGGUUAUAUUUUUCCACUGCAGUUGAAGAUAAAUAAAAUGGUGUCAAACAUUCCCCAAUAAUUCCUUUUUGUAUUCUUGGUCUUUCCAGUAAAAGGGGAACCCAUUAACAAUUUUUUAAUAGAGUAGUAACAGUCUGAUGGGCAACUCUGAAAUGAAUUGGCUGUUUACUGCUUCUAUAAUCAUGCAACUCUUAUUUUCACACAAAGGAUCGGAAUCUCUUGUUUCCUCUUAAAUGAAACUUUUUUCUUUGAGGAAUAGUCCCUUGCUUAUCCUAGAUUGUCAGCAAUAAGCCAAGAAAAAUGGAGAAGGUGCAGGGUUUGAGAUUUUUUUCGUUUCAUUUUUAUUAAUGCAGCUGUUGCUACUACCAGCAUUUGAAUCUGCAGUUUAACAUGGGCAUUUUUGAAAGCUCUUUGUGGGAGGGAGAGUAAAAAAAAAAAAAAAAAAAAGUCUUUAGUCAGUAUUUUUUUUUUUAAAAAAAAAAAAAAAAAAGGCAGGUAAAAAUCUACUUUAUUCCCCAGUUUCCUUUUGUCUGAUCCUAGGAUCCAUUACAAUGGAGUCCACUUUUGUUGCCCAUCUGCACUGCAGCAUCCACAAUAGCUCUUGUACAGGGUAUCAGAUAUGUGCCUUUCAGUGCUGGGUUCAGAAUGCAGUCGAAGUGCCGACCUUUGAACCAGUGUAAAAAUAAUAAUAAUAAUAAAAAUCCCAGGCGUUUUGAGAGGAAAAGCUCUGUUAACUGGGAGAGCCAACGAGCUCCUGAACACGGACUAGGGAGUGGCCUGGGUCACAUUUCUAGUAAUGCCUUUUCUUUUUAUUUUGUUUCUUGAGGUGGGGUGGGAUUUCCUUUUAAAAAAAAAAAUAUUAAAAAAAAGCCAUUCCUGAAGUCGGAGAGGGGGCGUGGAGGGAAGAAAUCUGAUCAUUCCUCAGUGCUACCUGUUUCUGUCCUGUGUGGCUGUUCAGCUGUAGACAGCAGGAGAAUAAAGUACACUGAGACAGUAGUGGAAACAAA